CGUCACAAGAUGGCGCGGAGUAACUCCUUUUUGUUUAUGGGGUAGCGAGAAACGGUGUUAUUUACAUACGCGUCCAACGUAUAUACAUCAAAUACACACAUAUAUAUACCUGUCCAUGGUUACGGCAACUGUCAAGCGCGACAGGCGUAAAACGGAUCGACGUCGGAAGUGAAACGAUGCGUGCGGUGUGCAAAGCAGCACCGGGUCCAAAAUAAGAUUAUACGAGCGUCUUUGAUACUGCGUUGGGAACGCUACGAUAAGCAACACGAUUGGCUUGCGCAAUGACAGUCUUCGGCAGUCUUCGCGUUUUGGCACUCGUCUUCCUAGUCGCGGGGUCCUCGUAAGGGGAUUUUCGCCUUGAGAGAAAGUUAUCUCUCCCUUUUUUUUUUCCGCGAUACUGCGAUGCCGUUGUGUCCCAGCGGCGCGAAGAAUAAUGCGUUGUUAUUGAUGACGGUCGGAAGGCACGUAUCCUCGUGCAUCCCAUCGACCCGGUGAACAGAAAUGGGCAAGCAAAACGGCUCGUGCUGGUGGUGCGUGAAGGCCGUCAAGUGGAUACCAGUGAUAUUCAUUCUGACGAUCGUCGCGUGGUCCUAUUAUGCUUACGUCGUGCAAUUGUGCUACUAUACAAUAGACAACUAUGUUCAAAAAGCUUUCUAUCUGCUUUUCUUCCACCUCCUAAUUCUGAUGUUUUUAUGGUCAUACUGGCAGACAGUGUAUACAAAUUUAAUGCCAGUGCCAGAUAAGUUUAAAAUACCUGAUGUCGAAAUGGAAAAAUUACAGCAAGCUGAGACAGAAGAAGCGCAGAGACAAAUUUUGGAAAGAUUUGCACAAGAUCUUCCUGUUACUAAUCGCACUAUAAAAGGAGCUAUGAGAUUCUGUGAGAAAUGUCAGUUAAUAAAGCCUGAUAGAGCACACCAUUGCAGUGUAUGCAGCACUUGCGUCCUAAAAAUGGAUCAUCAUUGUCCAUGGGUAAACAAUUGUGUAGGCUUCCACAACUAUAAAUUUUUUAUGCUGUUUCUAGCAUAUGCACUUCUCUACUGUAUGUUUAUUACCGCCACAUCUUUACAAUACUUUAUACGAUUUUGGAAAGGAGAAUUAGAUGGAAUGGGUAGAUUUCAUCUACUAUUCCUUUUUUUUGUUGCCUUGAUGUUCGCAGUCAGUCUUAAUUCUCUUUUCUUCUAUCAUUGCUAUCUUGUUGUGCAUAAUAGGUCAACACUAGAGGCCUUCAGAACACCUAUGUUUCGAACAGGGAAAGACAAGGAUGGAUUUAGUUUGGGAAAAUAUAAUAAUUUUCAGGAGGUAUUUGGUGACAAUCCAAGGCUCUGGUUUCUCCCCAUAUUUAGUAGCUUUGGAGAUGGGGUAAACUUUCCCGAGCGGCUGUGCAAUGAGGAUACACAUACUCUGUUGGGCACCCAUGGCACCCAACAAUGGGGUGAUGAAACCGAGUUCGAUUCCCCACUUCCCUACGUAAAUCAGGUCCACCAUUGAUCAAAUGACUUUGGUGCAGGAAGCUACAAUUUUGGCUCUUGGCGCUGGCACUGCUGUGAUAGGUCCUUCUGUUGAUGCUGACCAACCACUGAUGAAUACUACAGAAUCUGUCUGAAUAGCACUGUUUGUACGACAAAUUGGCAUCCCUUCAUGCAAUUACUAUUUUGCUUUAUAAUAUUGAAUAUAAUUCGGAAUAAUAUUAAUAUAAUAUUAAUAUAUUAUUUUAUUUUUGGUAUGCUUUUUACGUAAAACAAUGUAUUUUAACUAUUAGCAUUGUGCAUCGAAUUAUUUUUGUUCUUGCAAAUUGAAAAUUCACAUUGAAAUGUUAGCCAGUAAAGUCAAGUAUUUUUUAUCAUUACGGAUUGUGUCUCUCGCACCAAAAGAGUUGAAUAUUAACUGUAUUAUACAUAUAUAUUGUAAUAUAUAUAUUAUACAUGGAUCGUUGUUAAAAAUAUUGUUACAAUUACUUGUAAUUUUAAUCAUAGUAUAUCAUAUAAUUAGAUUAUCCUCUGUAGUAAUAUAUAUUAAUAUCCAUGUCAUACUAUAAAUUUAUAAUUGCUUGAGUGUGUAGAUUAAUUGUACCAUAAAUGAUGAGACGAGUCGCUGCAGUAUAAUUCAGAGGGUACUGCAUUUGCAAUGACUAUCUUUAUCAAGAUAUAGACAUAUACGUAUAUGGGUGUGUUGAACAAGAUUUACAAAUAAAGAUUCGUCCAUACUUG